UGACGUAAACAUCUGCAUGCGAAUUCCGAAUCUGAACCAAAAACACUUCUUUAGUUUUGAAUUAUCCGUGUACUCGUGCGUGUUCCUUUCCUGAACGAAAAAAUGGCCAGUUCGAAGCGCGUAUUCCACAAAAUCCAAGAGCUGAGCAAGUGCGCCGAAGGUACCCGCUACAUUCUGAACCGGAAUCCACGCAAUCUGGAACGGCUUCGAUUGGCGUACAAAAACGAUGGCUAUCAUUUGGAGAAACCCGUCCGCAACUUUUGGCACAAAUUGGAGCUCACAUCCAGCAACAAGUAUGUAACCGCUAAAGUAAAUCACUUCCAAAAUGGGACAGUCGUUGAAUCCAGCACUUCCGAAUGGGCGGUCAAACAGCAUUUAUUCAAAGGAAAUGAUACCUCAGCCUACAUCAAUCUGGCAAAGAUUUUCGCUAAUCGAUGCUUGGAAGCUGGCCUUACGGAAAUGCGUUGUGAUAUUCAACCAAAGCCAAACGGAAAGGCGGACAUAUUCUUAAAGACACUGACUGAAAGUGGGAUUAAACUACAGGAGCCUGAAAGGAUAAAACCAAUCCAACCUUGGGAUAUGGAGCGCCCUGAAAAGCCUUGGGAAGUGACAGAAUAACGUUGAGCCAUAAAACACUUCUAUGUGGUUUCCUAGAUUUUAUUAGUCAUAUUAAACGAAUAGUUUCCACUCCAA